AUGACGCCUGUUCGGCUGAGCGCCUUGGCGUUGGUAUCUUCGUUGCUAUUUGUACUACUUGGAUCUCAAAAUGGUUUGUUUACUUCAGGAACCCUGUUAUCAGCUGACCCCGACGUGGGGAUUUCGCCGGAAAAUUUGCCACCUGAAGAUGAGAAUCAACCACGCCGACGGACCAAUUGGCUUCAACGGGCCUUCAGAGGCACCUCGCAGAUUGCUGGAAGAAUUCUUGGAAAUUUUCGCAACUUGCUUUCUAGGCGUUCUCGAGUAGAAGCUGAGCAAGAGCUAAAGAGCUUGGAGGCCACCUCCAUCCGAUACUUUGAUUGCUUUAACCUGGCAUCUCCGGAGACAAAGGCAGCAAGUGCCGUGAGCUCAGUGUGUGGAAGGAUGAAAACCGAAGCGCUGCGACGCAACUGUUCUUUAUUUGCCUACUUUAUUGCUAAGAUGCUGGCGAAAAUUGGAGAUUGCAUUUCCCAAGGGGAUCCAGCUAAUUAUACCCAAAAACGAGAAUGCCUGGGUCUUUAUCGUCUUUUCCUUGUCCAUCCUCUGCUACGAGAGUCGAUUUCGGCAGCCUCAGCUGAAGAUAUAAAUGAUGCGGAGGCUUGGAUGAAUACGCUUGAAUUCACUGGCGGUCCUCCCGAGGAAUUCACUUUUCCCGGUGGAAGUCCGUUGGGCAAGGCUUUCGCUGCGUUGAACUGGAGUAUGGUUGGAACGGUUGAUAACCUGCAUAUAGUCGCAGGCAACGCUUUAAAGGCAAGCACUCGGCAGAGACGAGGCGUCGGAGGACGCUGGAGGCGGUUCUGGAGAAGGGUCAGAGGGCGCUCAUCUCCAAUGACAGAAACGGUGAAGCCCAAUGCUGAAGCUCUACUCAACCAAGGCUAUGAGCUCUUCCUCAGUAUGCCUCCCCAUCCCGACCCCGUGGCAGUGCGACUGUUAGUAGCAAUGCUUGCUGACGGCUUGUCAUGUCCAGCUGAUGGCACUUUCGGUAAACCUGAACGGGUUGUUGUAGGCGGUAAGAUAAAGAAUGUCAAGACUGCCCAAAUGAUAGAGGCAGCCAUCUACGUGUUUGUUGAAGUGCUUUUUGAUGCCAGCGACUGCGCUGCCCGUGACAACGCUGAGUCGCAAGCCCGCAUGACCUGCAAGCUUCUUAAUGCAUACGAUGAAUACAUGCAAGCGGGGGGACCCAUGCAAGCAAGGCGUAGGGUGGAAGAGGGACUGCAAGGCACAGAAAGUGCUGACUUGGAACCAGGCCCUGCCCCCGCAGAGGGAACACCUAAAAAUGAAGGCGAGCUAUCCCCUGGUUUGGAGGCUCGUGAACCACCCAGUACACAAUCAAGUGAAAUUCCUAGCACUUUGCCUUCCGAAUCCAACGUAGGCGGUCUAGCGGACAUUUCCAGGGGUACAGAGGAGGGCCCACCUGAAAUUUCUCUUGAAGCUCCCACAGAUCAAGGUUUAGAAGUAGAGGAUGGGAGGAGUGACCGCAUCCGCGUUUACGCUCAGAAUGCAACUGCUUCGGCAGUUGCUGCUGCGCGAUUAAGCUUGAAGUCCAGCUCUGCAACACUUCGCAUAGUUCGCCUUUGUCUGCGAAGCGCAUUAUUCGUCCGCUAUGCAAGCCGAAUACUGUUGUUUUUCCUGGGAAAAGAGCUGGUGUCCAGUCAAGGCCUGUUCCUCUUACUCGGAAGAGACCGGCAGGGGGAACGCCUCUUGGGACUCCAUGUAAAGGCACUCGUGGAACUCAGCUCAGGAAACGUGAAUCUUGGCAAUCUUUCAGCAGCAGCAGCAGGAAUAGCUGCGAAUGAAGAGACGCGCAUUGUCUCGGGGGAGCAGCAAACGUCGGUUUCAUUCCUACAAGGCUGGCUUAAGCCUACGGCAGUGGCUCGAACCUUUCAAGCGGCGGGAGUACGCGUUAGUCGACAGACCGCUAUAGCGCUCGCUCUGAGCGUGAAUGUGUCGGCGGAUAUCGUCUUAGCGUUUCUGUUGGUGGCCUUAAGCACUGCUUUCCCUCCAGCCGUGAUUGCUCUGGCUGUUGUCAUGGCCAUCCUUCUUAUAAUCAGGUCUGCUGUUAUCUCUUUCACCGUAGCUGUACCGGAAACGCUAAUAGAGAAGGCCGAGCGAAAGGGGAGAGGGGCUCUCGACAGAAUAGCCAAAGCUGUUGGGUAA